GGGUGGUGUUGGCCAGGCAGCUAUUUCCGUCGCGCUGGCGGCCGGCGUGACCGUGUACACAACGGUUGGAUCGGCCGAGAAGCGGGCCUUCCUGAAGCGCACCUUCCCGCAGCUAACGGAUCGUCACAUUGGCAACUCGCGUGACUGUUCCUUUGAGCAGCUGGUGAUGCGCGAGACGCAGGGACGCGGCGUGGAUCUGGUACUGAACUCGCUGGCCGAAGAGAAGCUACAGGCAUCGGUCCGGUGUCUGGGACUGAACGGUCGCUUCCUGGAGAUCGGCAAAUUCGAUCUGAACAACAACAGCCCACUCGGUAUGUCCGUGUUCCUGAAGAACACACAGUUCCACGGCAUCCUGCUCGACAGUGUGAUGGAGGGCGACGACGAAACGAUCGCCGAGGUAGUGCGUCUCGUAGCCGAUGGAAUUACGAGCGGCGCAGUACGACCACUCCCGACGAGCGUCUUCUCCGAGACGCAGGUCGAGCAAGCGUUCCGUUUCAUGGCAUCGGGCAAGCACAUCGGCAAGGUGGUGAUCCGGGUACGGGAGGAAGAGAAACAAAAGGUACUGAAACCGGCACCGAAGCUGAUCAAUGCCAUUCCGCGCACGUACAUGCACGCCGAGAAGGCUUACAUCCUGAUCGGUGGUUUGGGUGGAUUCGGAUUGGAGCUUUCGAACUGGCUCGUGUCACGGGGCGCUAAGAUCCUGGUGCUUACCUCACGUUCCGGCAUCCGCAGUGGCUACCAAGCGCUCAUGGUGCGCCGAUGGACGGAGCGAGGCGUGAAGGUGGUGAUCGACACGAACGAUGUGACGACGUUGAAGGGAGCCCAGAAGCUGCUCACCGAAGCCGCCCGCCACGGUCCGGUCGGUGGUGUGUUCAAUCUUGCCGCCGUGCUUCGCGAUGGAUUGUUGGAGAAUUCCAGCGAGGCGGACUUUAAGGCCGUGUGCGUACCGAAGGUGGACGGUACGAAGAAUCUCGAUCAGGCGACACGCGAACUGUGCCCCGAUCUGGAUUACUUCGUCUGCUUCUCGAGUGUUUCGUGCGGUCGCGGUAAUAUCGGUCAGGUGAACUAUGGGCUGGCCAACUCGGCGAUGGAGCGUAUCUGUGAGUCCCGGCAUGCUGCCGGUCUACCGGCUACCGCCAUCCAGUGGGGUGCGAUCGGUGAUACUGGGCUGGUGUUGGAGAAUCUGGGCGAUAACGACACGGUCGUCGGUGGUACGCUACCCCAGCGUAUGCCGUCGUGCCUGCAGACGAUGGACCUGUUCAUGCAGCAGCCCUGCCCGGUGCUGGCCUCGAUGGUGAUCGCCGAGAAACGCAAAACGGAAACGGGUGGCGUGAGCUUGGUCAGCUGUAUCGCAAACAUUCUCGGCCUGAAGGACACCAAGAACGUGUCGGAUGCGUCGACGUUGGCCGAUCUUGGCAUGGACUCGCUGAUGGGUGCCGAAAUCAAGCAGACGCUCGAGCGCAGCUUCGAUCUGGUGCUGAGUGCGGCGGAAAUCCGUCUGCUUACGUUCGGCAAGCUCCGUUCGUUCGAGAAGGGAGGCAUCACCUCGGAUGGUGCUGCCGGCGGAGAUGGUGGUGCGGCUGACGGUGGUAGUGGUGCGGGUGGAGCAGCUGUGAAAUCCGCCGCCGAUCAACAGACGGCCAUCGGUGACGGAACCCAGGUCAUGUUCAGUGCCGAGCUGAUGCCGAAGGAGUGCCUGGUGAAGCUGGAAUCGGCUGCGCCACCGUCAAAGAGCCCCACCAAGCCUGUCUUUGUGGUGCACGCGAUCGAGGGUGUCAUCACCGCACUGAUCCCGCUAGCGAAAACACUUCCGGUGCCCGUCUACGGUUUGCAGUGUGUCGAAGCGGCUCCACUCGAGUCGCUCGUCGUCCUGGCCGGCUACUACAUUCAGCAGAUUAAAACCGUACAACCGCGCGGUCCGUACACGAUCGUUGGCUACUCGUUCGGUGCGUCGAUCGCGUACGAAAUGGUAGCACAGCUCGAAGCAGCUGGUGACAAGUGUAGCUUGCUGUUGCUCGACGGUUCACCCCGCUACGUCAGCUGGUACACGGAGGCACAGAAACAGCGGAACGCCAACGGUGAGGUUGUGCAGGCGGAAGACGAAGCGUACGCGCUGGCAUACUUUGCCAUGGUGUGCGGGAAACUGGACUACGGCAAAACGGCACACGAGCUAGUGUCUGCCAAAUCGUGGAACGAACGGGUGGCCAAGUGUGCCGAGAUGGUACAUGCCAAGGCACCACAAUACUCAAAGCAGCUGCUGGAAACGACAGCCAGAUCGUUCGUGGGUAAGAUCGUGGCUAGCCACAUGUACAAACCAUCGUCCAAGAUUAGCGCCAACGUGAAGCUGGUAAAACCGACUGAAAACUACGCCAAGCUCCAGGGUGAUUACGGACUGUCCGAUCUCUGCAAACAAAAGGUUGAGAUCCUGACCGUCAAGGGUGAUCACCGAUCGAUGCUAACGGGCGAAUCCAUGAAACAGAUUGCCGCUGCGCUGCAGCAGCUAUGCUAAGUUCUUGGUAUCGGCUCCAUCGUCGGCCGAGAUGACUGCAUUCUGUCCUGCAUACUCUACUAAUUACAUCUCUCUAUCUCUUAUUGUGUCUCGGCUUCAAUGGGACGCGGAAAUCAUGCUGUGCACUGUACACAACUUUCUAAUUUUAUAUCCUUCCAAUCGAUUUCUCUCCAUCGUUGAUCGGUACAGAACAAUGCCAACAUCCCUCACCCCCGUUUAGCGUUUUGAGUGUGUUGUACAUAGGCGAGGCGCCAAGUUUGUCAAGCAAAGACGCAGCGCCGAGAUAAGAAUAUAUUACCCGAAUUUAGGGGGGUAGUUUGUACAUGGCGGGGAGCAGAUUUGAUAUCUAAGGCCCCGCGGGUGGUUAUAGAAUGUAAUAAACUGAGAGCCAUUGUCAACGCUGUGGAUCUUUGCCCAAUGUGUAGGUGUAAGUUUGGGGAACGUGGUGAAACGUGUGGUUGCAUUUUGAAUGCAUUUCUACAUCCCCAUUCCAUUCCAUUCCAUUGAUGAGAGCUAGCACGGCUGGAACGAGCUUCCGCGUGCAGCAUAUGGAUUUCGCAUAGCGAACAUAUGAGUUUCGACAAGCACAUCGAAUCUAAUUCGGUGCCAGAAAGAUACUUUAUCGCAUCACAAAUUCUGCGUGAUUCGGAUUAGCAACAGCGAGCUGUUUUCAUGGCUUGCAUAAGAUUUGCUUUCCAUUGGCAGGUAGAGUUAGGUGUAAGGAUAAGUCGAAGGUGGUACGAGGAGGAGAAGGCAAGUGAAUUAAACAAAAAAGGACAUCCAGGUAUAGAAUUAAGAUGACAAAUCAACACACACAUAACAUUUCCUAAGUAAAUCAAAAAAGCAUGAUACGAAGGCAGCGAUACAUGAGACGUGAGUUAACGGACUAGCUUAUCAGCAUGGGCUUUUACUUCUAAUGAGAACGUAUCAUGCGUGUCCACCGUAAGCAGCUGCUCUGUGUGCACGCGGAGUGAAGUGGAGAGAGAAAACGAGAGAAAACCGUGUUUAAAAGGCACAAGUCGACACUAGGGUAUACCGUUGCCAACCCUGUUGUGGUUGGAAGCUAAUAAAUUUAAACCAAACAAUGUAACCAGCCCAGUCGUUUAUAGCGAGUACCAGUGAGCAAGGAAACUGUAACCUACUCUCUUCCAGCACACGUUCCUCGCGUUCCAUUUGCACACCGUUUUCUGAUUCGACUCUUAUCUUGCACCCAAUUCUUUGCACUCUACGAACACACGGGACAGAUGCCAUUAUCGGUGUCGUACGAUAUUACUAACGGCAAUUUACGUGGAUAGUAUCCCCGCCACUGCACCGAAGUAUAAUCUGUCACAGGGCACAAACAAUACUAAAAAAAUAAAUACUGUAUAUGUAGAAUAGUAUUUCCAUCGGAUUGGUGAUAAUUCGAAAUACGGAGAAGGAAAGGAUGUUUAGAAUAUGUAAAUAAAGGUUUUAAAAAGUGAAAUAAAUUAUAAUGUGCUUGCAUAAAG